CAGAUCUGCACUUGACUCACUGAACUUCACCACUGCCGUCUCCAGCGGUGACAAGAGAAGACGGAACAUUCGCGCAAGGAUGAACCACAAACACGUCGGGAUUCGGGUUUUACCUUCAUUAACACGCAACUGAGGGAUAAUCAGUCUUCAAAUGAAACCAGCAUGGUGGACCAAAUGUAUCCUGACUGAAGCUGUUCACCCAAAAUUUGCAUGAUGCACCAAGAGCUGCACUUCAGCCAAAAAUAUCUGCUCAGCGGAUGCCAAAGUGCUUUUAGAUGCGUCCUUAUUAUCCGGCUUUUCAACCUCUACAUCAGUGACAUCAGCUUGUGAUGUGCAGACUUUCAAUGCUGAGGUGUGCAUCAAUGACUUAACUGAUGAAAGGAACCAUAGCGCGAUAGUCAGCACCAUGUGGACACUUCCCAACAACCACAAGUGUUUGUUGAAAAACUGGAAGCUGUUGUUUAAAGGAUCAGAUACAAAAUUAACAGAUGAAUCUAGGGAGAGAGUAACAGGUUUGGAGAGUGAUUUGGAGCAGUUAAACUUUCACACAUCUGCAGAAGCAAUGCAUUCAUGCAUCUCUAAGACUGAUUAUCUGUUCCGAUGGAGUUCUAAAGCCUCAAAUUAGAGGAACACAUUUCUAAACUGCCUCUUAUACCUUAAUGGAUCACAAAAAUUGCACCAACGUGCCGUUUCUGUCAUUGGGAAUGUUUUGUAUGAUCUGAACCACCAGCUGCACAUGGUUAUGAACAUGUCAAAGCAAUCUCUUGAAUUUAUGACUUUUCAUGAAAGAAUCUGACUCUCUUUGCAUUACAAUAUGUUUAGUUCCCCUUGUUUAAAUGUUCACCCACAGCAAUGUUCUAUGGACAUACAGUAGAUCAUUAAAAACCCUUCUAGAGCAUUGAAAGACACAACACUUGAAAUAUCAUUACGUUCCUUGACAGCGGAUGGACACCCCAGUGAACAUGUCCUUGGACCAUGGCCUAUGCAAAAGUACCAUUUUGCAACACAUUUUUUAUUUUUUUGGGACUUCAAUUUAAGGUACAAACUGAACUGAGGGUUCUGGAUCCCAUGUGGCCAACCAUAAAGCCCCUUUUAUAUACCUGGGAAUCUUGAACAAAUGGUUCCCCUCAAUGACAACAUGACUCCAGAGUCUUUUGCUGAGAACUGUACCAACUGCAGCCAUGCUCUCGUUCCAGAGUUGAACGUCAUGAAGGCUGUCGUUUUGGGCACGGUGUUGGCGGUCUUCAUUGUUUUUGGAGUUCUAGGCAACAUACUGGUUAUCCUGUCCGUGGCUUGCCACCGUAAUCUACGCACAGUUACCCAUUACUUCAUCGUCAACUUGGCGGUAGCUGAUCUUCUGCUAAGUUCAACAGUUCUUCCAUUCUCUGCCGUCUUUGAGAUGCUGGGUCGUUGGGUCUUUGGGCGGCCCUUUUGUGAUGUUUGGGCGGCGAUGGAUGUUUUAUGCUGCACGGCAUCCAUCAUGAGUUUGUGUGUGAUAUCGGUUGACCGGUACAUUGGCGUCAGCUAUCCGCUACAGUACCCUUCCAUUGUAACAGAGCGACGGGCAUUGAUAGCACUUGUUGUGUUAUGGGCUUUGUCCAUCACCAUUUCAAUUGGGCCUCUCUUUGGCUGGAAGGAACCGGCGCCAGAGGACGAGUCCAUUUGCAAGAUAACCGAGGAACCAGGCUAUGCCAUCUUCUCCGCCUUGGGAUCCUUCUACCUCCCCCUGGUGGUUAUCCUGUCCAUGUACUGCCGUGUGUAUGUGGUCGCUAAGAGGGAGACACGUGGACUAAUUAGUGGACAGAAGACAGAAAAAUAUGACCAUGCCUCUGAGGCUGUAACCUUGAGGAUACACCGUGGUAACACGACAGUAUCCGAGGAUGAGGCAUUGCGAAACCGGACACACUUUGCGCUGCGUCUGCUCAAGUUCUCUCGUGAAAAAAAGGCUGCUAAGACUUUGGGAAUCGUAGUUGGGUGCUUCAUCCUUUGUUGGCUUCCAUUUUUCCUGGUUCUUCCUAUCGGUUCAAUAUUCCCGACGUACAGGCCUUCGGACACUGUCUUCAAGAUAACGUUCUGGCUCGGUUACUUCAACAGUUGCAUCAACCCAAUCAUCUACCCCUGCUCCAGUCACGAGUUUAAGAAAGCUUUCCUGAGCGUGUUAGGUGCGCAUUGCCUCCGCAAGAGAUCCACGCCUACCCAUCCGCUAUACCAAGGUCACAGUCCACGCCACGCUCAGUCACAGCUCCUCGCCCUUGGCCUGACCAGCCGUGAAAAUGCUUCUCGCCUGAGCCCCUCAUCUUCCAUCGCGCUAUCCCGCAGCCCUUCCUCCAGGGACGGCCAUGAGUGGCAGGCCCCUUCCGGAGCUUCCUCGGCUGGAACGACGGGGGUCGGCGCCGGUGUGAGCGUGGGAGCAAAAGUGGCAGGAAUGUGUGGUAAGAACCUGCUAAGGACUUGUUGCUGCAUGAGAACGGAAUUGCUGCAGCCCGAGCCGCCCACACACAACUCGCUUCCUGUAAUCAAAAUCCAUCAGCUCUCGCUGUGUGAGGACGGGGAUGCGGUGUGAAUAAGCGCACUGGGGAAAUCACUCUGAAGAGACUCACACUGUGUGUGAUGCCGUUUUGCCACUUCAAGGAGUCGCAGAUUUGAAGGCACCACAAGAUUAACAAAGACAAGCCGCUUAAGACUGGAACAAUCUGUGUGAAGAAUAUUGGAAACUGCUGCAACACUGUCAGCUGUGUUGAUGCUGAUUAAUGGGAAUUCUGUUAAUAUUUUCCCAAACUUCAUGUCUUUACAAACCUAUGUAUACAAUUCCGAUUCAUAGACCAUGGGCUGUUGAGCUCCAAAAAUCAACAAUAUAUUUCUUCUGAAGUAUGAAAGCUGAUGUAACUUUUUCUGUGUUAAAAUACUUUCAUCUAUCCCAGCUUUAUGUUCAGAGACAACUAUAAGGAAGCCAUUCAUAGGUUAAUUUACUCAAAAUCUGUAAGCACUGUGUUUCUGUGGUGCAAUGAAAAUUGCUCUGGUUGUUUUGAGUGACCCGCUUAGACCCGCCCCAACAACAUUACUCAAUGGCAUGAGCAGGGGGAUAUCUCUUUGUUUGACCAACAGCAGGCGGGGGUGUAUUCAGAAUGCUGUUUUGAAAACAAAGUUUAAUUUUGCAAUUACAUUAAGUGGCGCUAGUGAAUUACAUACUACAGAUUUACGCCAUUCAAAACUUUUUAAGAGGAACACUUUGAAAUUUAGAUCAUUAUUACAUUCAUUAGUUCAUAUAAAGUUUGGUCUGUUCUAAGGAUGUCCCGAUACCAUUUUUUUGAGAACAAUUUCUCAGUGAAUAUGAGAACUUUUUUCUGAUACUUGGCGAAACUCGUUCAAUACCUGUUUUAGUUUUGUUUUUAUUAAAAUUUUAUCAUCAAAAUAGUAAAUGGUCUGCACUUAUAUAGCGCCUUUUUAACCUUAGCGGGGUUCAAAGCGCUUUACGCUGCCUCUCAUUCACCCAUUCACACACACAUUCAUACACCAAUGGCAGCAGAGCUGCUAUGUAAGGUGCUAGCCUGCCAUUGGGAGCAACUUGGGGUUCAGUGUCUUGCCCAAGGACACGUGGAGUCAUGUGGGCCGGGAUUCGAAACACCAACCCUUUAAUUAGUGGCCAACCCGCUCUACCAACUGAACCACAGCCACCCCAAAAGGAAUUCAAUAAAACUUUAAUCAACCAAAAAUAUACCAAUUAUUUUCCCCAUAAUAUUGUAUUAUUUUGUAUCAAAUGAAGUGCUUAAAUAUAGAAUCUUACAGCAAAAUCCAAAGUACGUCAUUUGAGUUAUAUUUUGUCAAAUUAAGUGCUGCAUAACAGAGCAUCACAGAUGUCAUUGCUUAAAUAUAAAACAGUUACCAUGGAUUUAUUAUUAUUAUUAUUAUUAGUAGUAGUAGUAAUACAGUGAAUGUUACAUAACUAUAGAGUAGCGACAUAUUUCUGUCAUACUUUUCUUUAAUUUAAAUUGAGCUUUUAUUUUGACUGAGCUUUUAUUUUGAAGUGUUUCUGUGUGAUGACGGUUGCUUUUCAGUCUGAAAGAGCCGGUUGUUAUGUGACUCGAAGUUAUUAUUAAACUACAAAAGCCUGCUAUUUAAUUAAAUAUGUACUCUGUAUGUGCCUAUUGCAACAAAGUGAAUUUUGUACAGAGUGCUCAAUGCUCAUGAUGGUGUUUUCCCUGUAUGAGCCAAGGAGGAUCUUUAAAAGGUAUGUGCGGUGCAGCCGGCGUCAGCACAACACUGUCUCCACACAUUCACUAGUGCUUUGCUCACAUUUGAAGUGCGCUGCACAUGCAAAGUAAACACUAUUUAUGUCAUUAAAUUGAAGCUUUUGAGGUUAUAUAAUCUCGCUAGGACAUAACGUGAUUAGAAUUUGGGUUUACGUAAAGACAUUCAUUCAUCAAAUGGUAUCUGUUUGGUAUAGGGCCCAAUUCUGAUACCAGUAUCGCUAUCGGGACAUCCCUAGUCUGUUCCCAACACAAUGCUAUUGUAUAGCUUCAGAAGACUAAGAAUCUAGCUUGAUGGCCGUGUUCACUUUGACUACAUGAGAGUGAGUAAAUAAUGACAGAAUUUUCAUUUUUGGUGAACUAUUACUUUAAAAGGUUGUGUUUACAAAUUACUCAUGAAACUUGACCUAAAUGACCCGGACCUAUUUUACUCCGAAAUCAGAAGAAACAAUCAAGACAUUAUAUGUUGCAUAAAUACAAUUAAGCCUAUUUUUAGGGCCAUUGAGUUGUGACAUUAUUUUCACACACAUUUUUCCCACAAAUUUUCUCAUGGAUAUUAUGGUAUUAUUAUUAAUGUUGUGUAUGCAUCAUAAUAGUACUCCCUUGGCACUGACUUUCAUUUUGAAAGAUUUUAAUUAAAAAAAGAAUUGUACAACAGCAGUGCUACAUUGUAACGAUAAUGAGAAUUGUUAUUAAAAAAAAGAUGGGAAUAGAAAAAGUAUAUUAUUAAGGAUGCGUUACAGU